AAAAUAUUAGUGACAAGAGCUAGCUGGGUGAAAAAAACGUAAACAUCAGUGUGAUUAUUUUAAAAAUGCUAAAAAUGAGCGAGGACGACAUUAUCUAUGCAGUCCUGCUGAUUCUUGGCAUUGCUUUUGGUCAAUUCUAUCGAAAAAUCAACGAUGCAGGACUCAAAAAGAUUAUUGGAACUGUUUUUGGACUUGUUACUAUAUUUUACACAAGCGGUUUUCAAUCACUUCACAUCUUUAUCAGUUUUAUAGUCUGUUGCUUCAUAAUUAAGUAUGAUCAGAGGAGAUGUCAUUUAAUAUGCUUCUGGUUUAUGAUGAUUUAUCUCUUAUUCUUCCGAAUGGUUGGUCUUAUUGGACUUCCAGUUCCUGCUGGACACACAAACAUGAUCCAAAUGAUAUUGACACUUAAGAUCAUUGGCUUUGCAUUCGAGAAGAACUCGGUGUUGACAAAAAUUAAAGAAGCUGGAGAUAAAUUGGAACUAUCAGCAUCUGAUAAGGAAAUAAGGAACAGUUCCUUCAUUGAUAUCUUCCAUUAUUGCUUCAACUAUAUUGGAAUGUUGACUGGUCCAUACUUUACUUACCGUACCUUUUAUGAUUACUUUAAUUAUCCAUUCUACAAACAUGCUGACUGUUUUAAAGCUACAUUACAAAAACUAGCUUGGGUUCCAUUUUAUGCUGGAUUAUUCCUACUCACUUCCUACAUCUGGCCAUCAGAAUACAUGGAAACAACUGAAUUUUAUGAAUCUCGCUCAUUCCUUUACCGAUUAUUCUAUGUCUGGCCAACAUUCUUUAUCUUUAGAAUGAGAAUUUACGCUGGAAUCACAUUGGCUGAAUGUAUGUGUAUUAGUGCAGGCUUGGGAUGUUAUCCUAAAGUACUAGAGGCUAAAUGUGGUCAUGGACCAUCAACGGCAAUCACCAAAGAAAUUGUUGAUAGCACUGAAAAGCAUGAAUAUGAUUUUGAAACCAUUGAGAAUAUAAAUGUGCCGAACGUUGAAAAAUGUUGGACAUUCAGAGAAGCUAUGAAGCACUGGAAUAAAUGUGUACAGUAUUGGCUAGCUAUGUAUGUCUACAAGAGAUUCCCAAGUAAAAAGUAUCGUGUCAUGGCUACAAUGGCUGUAUCUGCUUAUUGGCAUGGAAUUCUUCCUGGACAUUAUUUCUGUAUCCUUGGACCGAUUGUUUAUCUUCCGGUUGAGGAUGUGCUCCUUAAAGUCUUCAAGUCUGAUGACCCAAAUACCCAAAAAAUCUUUAAUAUCAUCACUUGGAUCUUUAAAUUCUUUGCAUUCAGCUAUUUAGGAACAGCUUUCGUACUUAAGGAUGUCAGGAAGAUUUGGCAUUUUUACAGUUCCGUCUAUCAUUUUGGAUACUUCUUCUGGCUUACUUUGUACCUGAUUUGCUCAUUUAUUUACACGCUUAAAAAGAAGGCUCAGAAACGAACAGUUAAAGAUACUGAAAAGAAAGGAGAAUAAUUGAAUUAUUAUAGAAUCUAUUCCGUCAAAUUUAUAAUUUACCAAUAAUACUCUUGAUUUGAAUUUAUACAAUUGGCAUUUAGUUCCGAUUUUUAAUUAAACUUUUAUGUAUUUUGUUGUGCUUUGUUUAUUGCAAAACCCUUUUUUUACGUUGCAUGACCUGCUUUAAGUUUGCUAGAGACAGUUUUUAAUCAUUUAGAUUAAUUAUGUGUAAUGUGAGGAUUUUAUAGCCAAAUGAGAAUUAAUGUAAAAUAAAGCAAUUGAUUAGUGAACCAUUUUAAGAAUUCAAAUGUUUAAGGAACCGUCUCCAGUGUGUCACGAAGCAUUCAAAAAAAGUUCCUAUAUCCAAAAAUGCCACAUACUCAGCAUAGCUAUAGGAACUAUGCUCAGGAUUUAGGAAUAUACUAAUUCAACAAUAUAGCAAGGGUCAGACACUCCAAAGUAUUGUACGGUAUUGUACAAUACUUACAAUAUUUUCCAUACAAGUAUUGUAGUAUUGUACAAUACCUACAAUACUUACAAUACUUGCCAUAUAA